AUGUCAGACUCUGCCUUAUCUAAAGACAAAAAUUAUCAGACAGCACGUGAUAUUUUCAAAGAAGAAUACCACGACUUAAUCGAUAUAUGAUUAUGCAACGCAACCAAAAACGAACUUAAAGGUCUAAAGAUUAUUCGAGCAAUAACUAAACAUCAUGGCCAAAAAAAAUUCAGAAGCUCCAAAAGGCCCUCUGCAAACGAAAUCCCACAAGCUACUGAAGCAAUGAGAAACGCUAUGAGAAGUUCAUAUUCAAUGGAAUUUGGAAAUUUAACUUCGAAAGUUAGCAGUUUUAAUGAUAUCUUUAAAUAUAGCAAAUUGUCAACUCUUCCUUACGCAACAGUUUUAAAGUCAACACCACUGUGAUUUAUUGAGCACUGGCUAUCUCUAAAUGAUAAAGAAGAUUUCAAGAUUUUAAUGUUGGAUGCUCUCAGAGGGUUCCACUCUGUGGCUAAGAUUCAACGGUAUAUUCCAAUUUCUAUCCAAAAAGAAAGCUAUGACUGGAAAACUCCUGAGCCAAAACUUUCUAUGAAAUUGCACUAUCCUGUAUCCACAGUCAAACUUUCUAGAAAAACGACAACACUUCCACCGAUAGAGAAACGUAAAAGCAUUAGUGAAGAUGUAGGAAGAAAUACUAUAUCUGCAAAGGAUAUUAAAGACAAUAUGAAUAGAGCUAAUAAGCACCUGAUCAGCUGGAUAUCUGGAACAACUUUAGCAAACCAGUCUUCUUAUCAUGAGUUCUUUGUGCCUCAUAACCCAAAGUAUAAUAAGGUGAGCAAAGAGCAUUAUAUAUCAUCAUCAGUCAAGCUUCUACCUGACCCAAAGAUUAUGAAUAAUUAA